CUCCUUCUUUCUCUUUCUCUUUCUUUUAUUUUUUUUUUUUGUUUCUUUGUAUUCUAUAUAUCCAUAUGGCCUCUUUUCGUAAUAGACAACCACCACCACAACAACAGCUACAACAACAGUGGGGUGUUACUGCUCCUGUAUCCAACGACUUUCCUACAGAACACGAACUCAAGUUAACAGAAGAUCUCGUAAAGACACUGCAUAAUUAUGGCUUAUUUGAGAGUGAACAAGAGGCACAUAACAGAGCUGUUGUUUUGGAUAAACUAAACGUGUUGGUGAAGGAUUUUGUUUAUCGCGUUGGAAAAUUGAAAGGAUUGUCUGAAACAGAAUCCAGAAAUGCAGGAGGCAAAAUACUUACGUUUGGUAGUUAUCGUCUUGGUGUGUAUAAUGCAGGUGCUGAUAUUGAUACUUUGUGCGUCUUUCCAAGACAUGUUGAACGCGAACACUUUUUUACUAUCAUGUAUCAUAUGUUGAGUGAACGACCAGAAGUCACUGAACUGACUGCUGUUGUUGAUGCUUAUGUACCAGUGAUCAAAAUGCAUUUUUCGGGUAUACCUAUUGACUUUGUAUGUGCAAGGUUAUCCAUGGCUGUUGUACCUGAUGAUCUUGAUCUAUCGGAUAACAAUGUUCUGUUGGGACUUGAUGAGCGAUGCGUACGUAGCUUGAAUGGUUCGCGAGUAACUGACGAAAUACUACGACUAGUGCCUAGUGUGCCUGUGUUUCGACUUGCUUUAAGAACCAUAAAAUUAUGGGCUAGAAAAAGAGCCAUUUACUCCAAUAUCAUGGGAUUUUUGGGUGGUGUAGCAUGGGCCAUGUUGGUAGCUAGAGUAUGCCAAAUGUAUCCAAAUGCAUGUGCUGCUUCGAUUGUGUCUCGUUUCUUUCUGAUCAUGUAUCAAUGGGGCUGGCCUCGACCUGUGAUAUUGAAGCCAACAGAAGAUGGACCAUUGCCUGUCCGACAGUGGAAUCCCAAACUAUAUCCUGCAGACAAAAGUCACCGUAUGCCCAUCAUCACACCUGCUUAUCCUUCUAUGUGUGCCACACACAAUGUGACAGAUUCUACGCGCGAUAUUAUGCUGAAUGAAUUCCGUCGAUCAAGUGAAAUUGCUGAUCGUAUCCUGAUGGGUACUGGACAAUGGGAAGACUUAUUUCAAGACAGUGAUUUUUUUGAUAUCUAUAAUCACUAUUUGCAAAUUGUGGCCAGUUCGUAUUCAGCACAGACACAACUUCAAUGGUCAGGACUGGUUGAAUCCAAGUUAAGACAGCUGGUGUCUAAACUAGAACUGGUUGAAUUACUGCAGAUUGCCCAUCCUUAUUUUAAGGGUAUUGAUAAAGUGCAUUAUUGUUUCCCUAUGCAAGAAAGUUGGGAUGUGGCUCAUGGUAAUUCGAUUCAUGCAGAAAGAACCUUUGUGAUUGAAGGUCCAGUCAACGAACAGCAGCAUAUUGAUGCUAUGCAUUUCUUGACACCCGAACAAAAACAGUUGCUUCAGCCUAUCUAUACCACCACAUUCUACAUUGGUCUCAAAGUGAAGCCUAUUUCAGAUGAUUCCCCCGGGCCUAGAAAACUCAACUUAGUAUGGCCAAGUACAGAAUUCCUUAAGUCUGCUCGCAUGUGGCACAAGUAUGACCAACAAACGAUGGGGAUCACCAUCAAGAAUAUUAAGGGGUAAGUGAUUCCGUAUUCAAACAUUGACUCACCACCACAUCAGUUCCAUGCUACCAGAUGAAUUAGGUCGUCUUAAGCGGCAACAGAACAAGAUAGAUUCACCACUGACCAUACCUACAUAUCAGCAUACAUAGACCAUUAAAACACACAGAGAGAAAGAGAAGAAGAAGAGAGAGGGGAGCAGGUAUCCCUCUUACUUAUACAUACAUAUACAUUUUUAAUUAUUUAAACGUAAUUUUAGAAAAAAAAAAAAAAA